AUGCAUUUACUGGAUAGAUCGAGCUCUGUGUGGAUUUAUCUCUUGUUCGUGCUGCUGGAUUGUUACUGGGAAGCGGUUUCUGGGCAGCUCUCUUAUUCCGUCUCAGAGGAGGCAAAUGUCGGGACUGUUGUCGGAAAUAUCGCUAAAGAUCUCAACAUCAAUGUCCAGGAUUUGGAGUCUCGCAUGUUUCAGAUCGUUGCUGGAUCGAAGAGGAAAUAUUUCGAGGUAAAUCUAAAGACUGGAGCGCUCUACGUGAAUGAAAGAAUAGACCGAGAGGAGCUCUGCGGUAAUGAUCCCACAUGUUCACUUAGCGUUGAGGCAGUUAUCAAUAACCCACUGAAACUGUACCGUAUUGAAAUUUCUAUACUAGAUGUAAAUGAUAAUUCACCUUCAUUUCUCAGCACGUCCCAGACAAUUAACAUAACAGAGAGCACAGCAGCAGGAGCUAAAUUUCUAUUGAAACGAGCCCGUGAUGCAGACGUUGGAAAAAAUGCAGUAAAUACCUACAAGCUUAGUCAAAAUGAGCAUUUCUCUCUGGCUUCACAUAAAGGAGAAAGUAUAACUCCUGAAUUGGUGCUUCAGAAAGUUUUAGACAGAGAAAAACAAUCCGUGAUUCGACUCACACUGACUGCCGUUGAUGGAGGAACACCUGCUAAAUCAGGAACUAUGACAAUUAUAGUAAAUGUGUUAGAUGCAAACGACAAUCCUCCUGUUUUCAGUCAAACGCUGUACAAAGCCACUGUGUAUGAGAAUGUUAAGCUAGGCACGUCAAUAAUAACAUUAAAUGCCACUGAUUUAGAUGCAGGUCAGAACGGACAAAUAUCAUAUUCUUUCAUGGAAAUAGAUCAGGGGAAACAGACAGAUCCGUUUGUUAUAGAUGGAAGAACAGGGACCUUAACUAAUAAAAAGAAUAUCGACUUUGAAGAGAAUAAUGCUUUUGAGAUUCGAGUACAAGCCAGUGAUGGAGCUUCUUCUCCUCUAACCUCACAUGCCAAAUUAUUGAUUGAAGUUUUAGACGUCAAUGACAAUGCCCCUGAAAUUUCAGUCACAUCACUGUUGAACUCUGUGAAAGAGGAUGCGUCCAUUGGAACCGCCAUCGCUCUUGUUUCAGUAUUUGAUAAAGAUGGAGACGCUCUCCAUGGUGCUGAUGUGUCUCUGCGCUCCUUCGUCAUGUGUUUGACUUGA